AUGUCUGAGUCCAACACCACAAAAUUUCAGCCUUCUCUCUUCAUUCUCACGGGCCUCCGAAAGCUGGUGGGUGCCCACCUGUGGCUGGGACCACUCCUGUGCCUGAUGUACAUCACUACAAUCGUGGGAAAUUGUACAGUGUUGUACUUGGUGAAGACUGAGCAUAGUCUACAGGAGCCCCAGUACCUUUUCUUGUCAAUGCUAGCUGGAGCAGAUAUUGUCCUGUCUGUUUCUACACUUUUCUCUGUGCUCAAGGUCUUUAUCCUUGGCCUCUAUCACAUUGCAUUUGAUGAUUGCCUCAUUCAACUCUUCUUCAUCCAUACGUUCUCUUCCACAGGCUCAGGAAUCUUGUUAGCCAUGGCCUUUGACCGCUUUGUGGCCAUCAGUCACCCCUUGCAAUACACCACCAUACUCACCAACUCACGAGUCACCAAAAUGGGGCUGGCAGCCCUGCUGAGAGGGGUAGCACUCAUGACUCCAUUGCCUAUCCUGCUCAAGAGGCUACCUUUCUGCAAGGGCCAGACACUUUCCUAUUCCUACUGCCUCCAUCCAAAUGUCAUGAAGUUAGCUUGUGGCCAAGUCAAAAUUAAUAUUUUCUAUGGACUGGUUUUGGUUAUCUUUUCUUUUGGGUUUGAUUUUCUGUUAAUAGCCAUUUCUUAUGCUCUGAUAUUCCAAGCAGUGAUAGGCAUUGCUUCCAGAGAAGGCCAGAGGAAAGCACUCAACACCUGUUUGUCUCAUAUCUUUAUUGUUCUAAUUUAUUAUGGGCCUCUCCUGGCAAUAACUGUCAUGCAUCGAAUCAGCCACAGAAGCUCUCCAUUAGCACAUGCUGUCCUGGGAAAUAUGUACCUCUUUAUGCCCCCAAUGCUUAACCCAAUUGUAUAUAGCUUAAAGACCAAGCAGAUCCGUUCUUCUCUGAGGAAAUCUUUCAAGAAACAGAGAAGGUGA